CUUGCCCUCAUCCCCUCUUGCCCCUCUCCUCUGGUCCUCCAGACAGUCUCACUGAGGAGCUCAAAGGGAACACAUCUUCAACAGAGAACAGUAUUAUAGACAACAGGAGCAGAUCACGGUCUAACGGGGCUUGGUUGCUGUGGCGAUGGUGAGCGCUGUGCUGAGGAUGAUGGGAAGUGUUUCAGUGUCAACUCUGACUCGUCCAAAACUGACCCUGAAACAGACGAAGAACAUGAUUUACAGCAAACCCCCCAAGAACAGGAUCGGAGCCAAGCAAAGCUUCUUCGUCAUGACAGUGUUUGCGGUGGCCAUGUUGACUCCGGCUGCGUGGAUCCUUCAUCACCUGCCAGAGUACCGCAAGAAGUCACGUCUUCGUCUAAAACCCCCCACGCCUUCGUCCUCAACAUCAUCAUCAUCAUCAUCAUCAUCAUCAUCACCCUCAGUAUAAACAGCUGGAGAAGGGAUCCAGCAUUAAUACGUUUAUCUUUCAUCAGUAAUAAAUUACAUUUAAAGUUUGA